AUGGGUGUCCCCGCUAUCGAAGGCCUGGCCAAAUUCAACGAGAUAAUCAAUAGUGGGAAGGUCGUCGCUAUUGACUUCUGGGCGACCUGGUGUGGGCCAUGCAGGACCAUAUCACCGGUUUUCGAGACGUUGUCAACGAAACACACAGACAUAGAAUUUUAUAAGGUUGACGUCGACGCCGAGGCGGAUAUUGCUCAAGAGGUCGGCAUCAGAGCUAUGCCAACGUUUAUUAUAUUUAAAGAUGGAAUGAAGCAGGGCGAGCUUGUCGGCGCAAACCCGCAGCACCUUGAGGCCAUGCUUCACAAGGCUUCCCUCUGA